ACCGGUCCAAUUUUCUUCUUUCAUUCUCUAUAAACCACACAUAUACACAUUUUCCAACCAAAAAUACUAUUUCAUAAUAACCCCAAAAAAAGAAAAAAAUCUUUGCUUUCUUCUCCAAUUCACCUCAGGUUCCUCCUAUUUUAUCUCUUUGUAAAUAAAUAAAAUAUUUUCUCUUUAAAUAUAUGAAUAAAUAAUUUAUAAUAGAAUAGUUCUUAGCUUUUUGGUGUAUAUUGAUCAUAAAUCUUAGAUUUUAUAUUAUUAUUAGGAUAAGUCUGAGUAGUUUUAAUUUUUUGGGGUUUUCUUGUUUUUUUUGUGUAUAUAACAAUUUGGGUUUGGGUGUUUUUUUUUAAAAUUUUUUUUCCUAGUUAAUCAAGUAAUUUAGUUAUUAAGUUGGAUUAUUAUUAACCUUUUUAUGAGCUGUUGAUUCUUGAUUUGGAGUGUUAGUGCAAGAUAUUUGGGUUGUAUUUGUGUAAUUAAAUGAUGGCUAUUGAGUAAAAUUUGGAUCUUUAUUGUUAAAAAGGGGUGUUUUGUUUGUUGCUUUUUUCCUUGUGGUGAUUUGGGGAAGUUUGGAAGAUUGAAAGUUCAAGUGGGUUGUUGGAUUUGUUGAGAUUGUGUUAAGUUGAGGUUAGUUGAGUGGUUUUGUGGUGGAAAGUUUGGAUCUUUAUUGUUAAAAAGCGGUUAAUAGUUCAAAAGUUUAUUUGGGGUUGUUGAAUUUGUUGAGAUUGUGUUAAGUUGGGGUGAGUUGAGUGGUUUUGUGGUGGAAAGUUUGGAACUUUGUUGUUAAAAAGGGGUUCUUUCUUUGUUCCUUUUUGUCCCUUUGCUUUUUGUGGUGAUUUGGGGCAGUUUGAAAGUUAAUUUGGGUUUGUAAGAUUUAUUUAGGUUGUGUUAACUUGGGUGAGUUUGAGUAGUUUUGUGGUGGAAAGUUUGAAUCUUUAAAGUUAGAGAUUUGGUGGGGUGUAAGAUUAGUUAGUGAAGAUGGUUGAAUCAAUUGGUGCAAUAUCACUUUUAGGGAGGGUACCAGUUUAUGGAGUAUGUUAUGGGAAAGAUCUGUUGAGUAAACGGAAGGCAAUUGAUGUAUGUGGAUUGCCUUCUGCUGAUUGUCAUGGCAGAAAGUUUGUUUGUGGUUCUUAUUUGCGGAGAUUAAGAUCUGGUUGUGUAAGGUUUUCGUCAAUAAGAUGCCAGGCUAUGGAAUUGACCAAAGAGGCAUAUUCAUAUAAAGAGGACGGGAGAAUUCCUAAAGAUUUCCGGUAUCGGAUUGAGACUGAUGUGGAUAGAAAGCCAGGGAAAUGGCCACCAGCAAAUAAAGCUGACAAUCCAGCUCUUCAUAAUCCAUUGAUUAGACAAGAGAGGAUGGGUUGUGGAUGGUUAGCAGCUAUAUUUGAAUGGGAGGGUGUGUUAGCUGAAGACAAUCCAGAUCUUGAGAAACAGGCGUGGUUAGGUCUGUCUCAGGAAGAAGGAAAAUCACCUCCUCCGGGUUUCAUUUUGAAGAGAAUUGAAGGAAUGAAGAAUGAGCAAGCGAUAUCAGAAGUUCUCUGCUGGUCAAGAGAUCCCGUACAAGUGAGGAGAAUGGCGUCUCGGAAGGAGGAGAUUUAUCAAGCGUUGCAGGGUGGAGUUUAUAGCUUCCGACCUGGAUCACAGGAGUUUGUCAAUACCCUGAUGCACUACAAGGUGCCAAUGGCUUUAGUAUCUACACGCCCUAGAAAGUAUAUCGAGAAUGCAAUUGGUACCGUUGGCUUUGAAGGGAUUUUUAGUGUCGUCGUAGCUGCUGAGGAUGUUCACAGAGGGAAGCCUGAUCCGGAGAUGUUUGUCUAUGUAUCACAGCUUCUACAGUACAUACCAGAGAGGUGUAUUGUGUUUGGAAACUCAAAUCAAACCGUGGAGGCUGCACAUGAUGCUCAGAUGAAGUGUGUCGCCGUUGCCAGCAAACAUCCAGUGUACGAGCUUGGUGCUGCUGACUUGGUUGUUCGACACCUUGAUGAGCUCUCAAUCGUUGACCUAAAGAACCUUGCUGCUGUUGAGCUUACUGAAUUUGGAUCCCCUGAACCAGAGUUGGAGAUGGAAGAAGAGGAUGAUCCGUAUCCUCCAUCUACGGUGGCCGUUGAUGAUGGUUUCUGGUAGCAUCUCCUCAAUGUACAGUAGUUGCGGUUAAUAUUAUUCAAAUAGGAUGUAGAAAAAUAUAAACUAAAAUGCAGGGCAAGAAGUGUAUCAGAAGGUGGUCUACAUUGGGCUGCCAUUUAUGUGACUUUGUAAGUGAUAUUUGUAUUAUACAUGUAUAUUUCUGAUUAUCGCUACUUGCUUUUGGAUUUUGAGUUGUAACUUGUAGAAGUUUAAAAGGUUGGACAUAAAUAAUACUGAAAUUAAGAUGCA